CGAGUUCCGAUCUUCCUCUUCGGAAUACAUGCACUUCUGUCCGCGACUGCUGACAGCGCGCAGCGGUGUGCGCCGAGGGUGUACUAGUUGUCAUCGUGUAUGGAUCAGUCAGAAGUUCUGUAAAGAUAUCGUGCCGCAAGGCUGGUUACCAGAGGAGAAGGGACUACACACCGUUGCUGAAUUGAGCGGUCCGGUUUGGGUAAUUGAGCAACGUGGAGCUCCUGCAAGUAGCCGUAGAUUUCAGAACUACUUAAAAAAUUUUCGCAUUGGACGAAAUCAAACUCAAAAUGCAAUUUGAUGGCGAUGAGGACGACGAGCUGCUGGGCGAGGACCCGGCGGCGCUGCAGCUGUGCGAGGAGCUGGGGAUCGACGUAGAAUACGAGAAACCGCUUGUGUGGGUGGUGAAGAUCGGUAUCAAAAGGAAAAAUCCCCCCAAUCCAUAUCGAAAACGUGAUUUAUGAUGCUGUACUUGAGUACACAGAUCGGCUUGUAUUGCUAGAAGGCCAAGAGCCGCAGUUGUCGCCCCGCUUGCAGGCAAUUUGUCAUGCUGUUUCCCGCUUCCAGCUGCCUCCUGUCAUGCUGAAGAUGCAAGGCUUUCCCACGCCAGCCAGCACUACAGUCCGCAUCUCUUCCCUUUUGGCAUGACAGAGCUGACCAUAAAUCUGCAUCACAGACUUCCGCUCUGAUAUGGGGAGGGGGGAUUUUUCUGCUUGAUAAUCGGCUUGCAGUCACCCCUACCCCCCCGGUGGUCGGAGCACCUGACGGAUGAUCUGGAGAAGUACUUCGUCGAUGGUGACACGCAGCAGAGCCAGUGGGAAAGUCCCUUACUCCCCUACAUUCGCCAGGUCGUGGACAUCGGGCGGCUCUACAUGGAGAAUCCCUACCAGCACGUGAUCAACGAGCAGAUGACGCUGCUUUGGCAGCAGUUCCGGGACUCGUUAGGGGAGUGGCACGGACCCUACGUGGCGGAGGGGCGGCAGUACUUUGUGAAUCAGGUGCUGUUCUUUUGUUUUCGGACUAGAAUGUACCAGAGUAAGUUUGAAUUCCGUUUGUUCCGUACAUAGAGGACGACACCGCAAGAACAAUUUGAGUGCAAUCGCUCCAGUGCUCGCAUUUUCGCAACAAAUAAACUCCAAAAACCCGCAGGCUCUGGGCGUUUCUUCCUGGGAGGAUCCGCGCGUGGAGGCACAAUAUCUGUGCGAGUUGCAGAGCGCGCUGAUCCAGAAGUUGCAGACCGCCAUACCGCCGCAGGCCAACUCUCCCACCGCGCACGCGCAGGCGGAGAGCGGCGGGCAAGAGGAGUCGCGGCCGCCCACCCCCGAUUUCGCCGCGUGGAACGUCCAGGCGUCCCCCCGCUACGAGGAGGAGACGGGCGCGAGUCGGUCGCCGCGAGACCAGCAGCAGAGCCCCGACCACAGUAUCCUGUGCAAAAGUAUCGUACUCGUAUUGCAGUCAUGCAUUACAAAUUUUUUUAUCAAUGUAAAUCAGCAUAACAAAUUUUAUCUCUCAUGCUGAGGGAAUUUGUCAUGCGUUUAUACGAGUACGAUACUCGUGCAGUUCAUACACAGCGGGUUGGCACAAUUACGGGCGCAGCUAGCGAACAAGCUGAGCGGCGUGGAUUUUCGCGGGGAGGCGGAAAAGGAGCGGGUGAAAAUGGUCAAAACGUUCACGGACGGCAUCCAUCUGAUGUACGAUCUAUUGGAAGAGGAGCGUGAGACGCAGCUCUUGCAGAUGGAACGCCGGAAGCAGCAACAGCUGGCGGUGAAAACCAGUGCCCGGCCGCCGGACAGCCCGCAAGGAAAUAAAGGCCCGCUGCUCACCAUGCAGCUGGAAACGGGAGAUAGGUCACCGCCCUCGCCGAGCGAGCGCAACAAACCAAAGCAUAAGAAGAAGGCGUGAAUAAAUCUUCUCGCUGAAGAAAAGUUGUC